CCUUGUUUCAAACAAAUUUUUUUUAUUAUGAUAUAUCUAUUGGAAAAGUUAUGGGAAUGCACAUGUGUCUUUUGUUUUGUGUCUUAUAUGCUGAUACACUCAAUGGACUCAUUCCUGGAGGUGUUGGAGUAUGUAAUACUUCAUCUCAAAUAUUCAAGUGCUGCACAAAUUAUCAGCUUCAGGAUGAUAUUUGUAAACCAUGCAUAGGUACCUUUGGCGAAAACUGUACCGCAGGAAUAUGUCUGGAGGGAUAUUACGGAUUUGGCUGUAAGGAUAAGUGUAACUGUACGAAACAAACGGUCUGCAAUAGGUUCAAAGGAUGCAUAACAGUACGGUAUGAAAAAGAAGACGAAAAAGGCCAAGCCAUCAACAAAAUAAUACCGGUUAUAUUUGCUGUGGUUUUAAGCGUUGGAUCUAUUCUUGUCGUAUCAACUUUAUUACUGAAACAAAAUUUAGAAAGUCUGAGAAAGAAUAUAUCAGGGCAAAAAUCCAGCCAACACCUUCACAAUGGAAUCGAGGGAGGUUCUGAAGAGUCGGGCGAGGAUUAUUCUCAGAUGACGAGAGCAUCAAACAAUUACAACGUCCUGAGCUUCAACAGAAAAUUUAAUGCAAUUUCCACAGUCAACGCAACUGACGAAGAAGAUUUCUACGACGAUACAAGCGCCGGUGUAACAUGUUCAUCAAAUAACGGUACAAAUAAUGGCCAAGAUAGCUACGUGACACUGGCCCUGACAAAUAACCACGUGUUACCCAUCAUAAGAGAUAAUAUCAAGGAAGUUCAGAACGAAUGUCAAACUGUUGACAAUAAAGAAACGUAUGAGUCCGGGGAUACUUAUGUCACUCUUAUCCCUAAUCAUGUUUCCAUUGCAACAAGGAAGCUAUAGAAGAUUCUCAAACCCAAAACAAUCCAGUUCAAUAUCAGAAGAGUCAGUAUUAAUUUUCAUGGUUAACAACUGUUGGUGUUAAAAAUAAAAAACCACUGAUAUUAUUUCAAAAGUAUCUUAGUGCCGAGUAAUGCAAAACAUGUAAAUGAUGUAAUUAGUACAGUGUAAGUGUACGUUUUAAUAGAAAAUCCUUGUAUACAAUUAAACAAUUUUGUAUACAAUUUUCCUUGCUAUUCAUCUUUUUUAGCUCAUUUGAGUUGUAAGUUUAUGAAGGCUACGCUCUGCUGGCGACCUUAGUUAUCAGUCUCUGUCCUUCAGUCUGUUCGUCCGUCCGUCUGUCCGUCUGAUAUCACUUUUCCAGAGCAUAUCUUAUCUCCCCUUGGCCCACUCUGGCCCAAACUUCACCCAAAGAGUGCCUUUCCUUAAAGGGUGUGCAUUGACUUUGAACCAAGUUUUUUGGACUAUGGUUAAGAACUCAAAUCUGAGUUAAAUGAAAACUCUUUGUCCAGAUUAUAAAUUCUCUCCUUUUGGUCCAAUCUGGUUCACUCUUUAUCAAAAGAGUGCCUAUGGAUAAAGAGUGUCGAGUCAAGGUCAUAUCAGAUUACACAAAGUCUUUUUUUUUCAGAAUAGAUAUACUCCAUUUCUCCUUACCUCUAUCUGGCUCAUACUUCACAUUUAAACAGAGCUUUUUGGUGAAGGGUGUGGAGUAACCUCAACCAAGUUUUAAAGUCAUGUGUAGUAUAGAUCAUAGCACAUCUCUUUUAAAUUCAUUUUUCGACUUUAAAUUAUUUCCCAGUGGCUUAAUCUUCUUCAGAUUAAACCGAAAAAUGCCUAUAGGCUUGAAUCUUAUGUGUGUUUAUACCAACUAAAAAUUUUCAAGGUCAUAGGUUAAGUUCAAAGAAAAAUCCUCUAAAAUGCUUUUAUUAUUUAAGCGGCGCCCUUUGAAAUGUUCACAAUCUUAACGAUAUUUAGUUGUAAUUACAGUGGCUGUAUUGGUGUUAACGAAAAGUUUAUUUACUUAUAAGAUCUACCAUUGAAUGGAUUUUAUUUAUUUUUUUAACUUUAUAUAUAAUUUAGCUAAGAAAAAUACUUGAAUAUUUUUCUAUAUCCUUAUUGGGAGUUCUUAUUGAGGAGAUUGAUAAGGCCCUACAAUAAUAACGAUCAUCUAGUCCUCCUAAACUUGUUCCGUUCUGUAAGACAACAGCAUGGCUGUAUUCAAUUUGCAACAAAACCGAAACAUUUAGACAUUAUACAAUCAGAACCCCCCCCCCCCCUCCCACCCCCUCUGUGUCAUUUUUGUCUUUAUUCUGCAUUUGUAUUAACCUCAGAAUCUGAUUUAUAAUAGUUGGAUCAUGUUAUUUUAUAUAUGAUAAAUAAAGUUUCAACAAUACAUGUAAGAGAAAUAAAGUGUGACUUAAUGAAUGGCUAAGCUUACAAUAUUUGACCAAAAAAUAUGUUUUACAUGUAAACUGUUUUGAAAAGGAUAUAUAUUAUAAAAGCCCCAGCGCAAUUCGAAGAUUCAUAUCUUUGUUCUACGCUUUUAGUUAAGAAUUUCGGGGAAAAUAUACUUAAUUUAAUUGUUUAUUCCUCUAAGAAGUACGUUACAAUAUGAAGGCGUCCAAUACAACUUGAAAUUUCCUUUUUCACGGAAAUAUAUAAUUAAACUUAGUUUAUAAUGUUAUAGUUCCGCAAAAAUAAAAAUCUAGCUUUCAUGUGACUUAAAUGUGGCACUGGUACUAGCUAACCCAAUUAAGGUACUACGAAAAUGCAAUUGCAAUGAUUUUAUUUAUAUUGUCUAUCAGUUCAAAAUAAAAAUUUGGUCACAAUACUAUUUAAAUAUUGUAGCACUUUCACUUCCAGAAUGUAGAUUCGCUUGGAAACCCCCCUCCUUUUGUGUCUCUCCU